AUGAGCGAGGGUGGAAAGACGUUCAAGGAGCUAUCUUUCGCCGAGAAUUUUAUCCUCAGUGGGACUGCGGCCGUCAUUGCCAAGACGGCAUCCGCGCCCAUUGAAAGGGUCAAGUUGAUGAUCCAGAAUCAGGGUGAGAUGCUCAAACUGGGCACUUUGGACAAACCUUAUAAGGGCGUUAUCGACUGCACCGUCCGUACUUUCAAGACCGAGGGUAUGUUGGCAAAUGAGCAUUCUGAACUCCUCCUGCAGGCCUGCUGCCCUUCUGGCGUGGAAAUCUGCCAAACUGCCUCCGUUAUUUCCCAACACAGGCUCUGAAUUUCGCUUUCAAGGAUAAGGUCAAGGCAAUGGUCCAUCCGGAAAAGACUGACCCAUAUGCCGUCGCUUUCGGCAAAAACAUUGUUAGCGGUGGUAUUGCCGGCGCUUUGUCGCUUGUCUUCGUCUACUCGCUGGAUUAUUGCCGAACCCGUCUUUCCAGCGAUGCCAAGUCCGCUAAAAAGGGCGGUGCCCGCCAGUACGACGGCAUGAUUGACUGCUACAAGUAUGAAUAUCUAUUUAAUUAUUUAAUUCGCUUAGGAAGACCUGGAAGUCUGACGGUAUUGUGGGUCUCUAUCGCGGCUUUGUCAUUUCUUGCAUCGGUAUCAUGGUGUACAGAGGCUUCUACUUCGGUCUCUAUGAUACCAUCAAACCCAUCAUGCUCGGCGAAAAUGCGGGUGUCACCAUCAGUUUCCUCCUUGGUUAUGGUGUUACUGUCACUGCUGGUCUUAUGUCCUACCCCAUUGAUACUAUACGACGACGAAUGAUGAUGACUUCAGGUGCGUUUCAUGAAAAUUGAAUUACCGCAUUUCUAGGUGCUGCUGUUAAAUACAAGGGAUCGAUCGACUGCGCCCUUCAGAUCUGGCGGCACGAAGGUCCCAUGUCUUUCAUGAGAGGUGCUGGCGCCAACAUCCUCCGUGGCGUUGCUGGAGCCGGUGUGCUUGCUGGCUUUGACAAAUUCAAGGAGAUGUACGUCCACUACAGAGUCUCAAAACCGAAGGCGUAA